GCUACCCGAACGCUGCUUUGGUCUUGUGGAGGCGCACGGGCUGUUGGACGCGGUUUAAACGCUGGCACUUUUUCCUCUAGAACUUUUGACCUAAUUUUAAUUUUUGCAUGUUGGAUCCGGUCCCCCGUGUGUUUCCAGAAAUAAUCUCUGGUGUAUUUUGAACAUCGGAGUGUUGAUCGAGGAGUUGGGAAUAAAUAAAUAAAAGAACACCUUGCAUUGCGCGCUGGAACAUGGCUCAUCGGUGGAGUUUCCGCUCGGAUGGAGGCUGUUUCAGUCUGGUGUGGUCCCAGUAUUCCCACUGAGCUCGGCUGGGAAACUAUGGAGCAAAGAAACAGACUUUUCUGCUACAUUGUCUUCGCGGCGGAGCUCUAUCUGGGCUCGACCCAGGUCCUCAGGAUCGGUGGUAUUUUUGAGACCAGGGAGAGCGAGCUAGUGAGCAUGGACGAGCUAGCUUUCAAGUUUGCUGUAAAUAACAUCAACCGCAACAAGACUUUGAUGCCCAACGCCACUCUCACCUAUGACAUCCAGAGGAUCAACAUCUUCGAUGGCUUUGAGGCUUCCAGAAGAGCGUGUGACCAGCUGGCUCUGGGCGUGGUCGCUGUGUUUGGACCCUCUCACAGCUCCUCGGUCAGUGCAGUUCAGUCCAUCUGCAACGCCCUGGAGGUCCCUCACAUCCAGACCCGCUGGAAGCACCCGUCAGUGGACAACAAGGACACGUUUUUCAUCAACCUGUAUCCUGAGUACACCGCCAUCGCCAGAGCCAUCCUAGACGUGGUCACUUUCUUCAAAUGGAGAAAGCUGACGGUGGUCUAUGAGGACAGCACAGGACUGAUGCGGAUGCAGGAGCUGAUCAAAGCUCCAGCUAAAUUAAACCUGAAGAUCAGGAUCCGCCAGCUCACCCCGGGUAACCAAGACGCUCGGCCGCUGCUGAAGGAGCUGAAGAAGGACAGAGAGUUUUUCAUCAUCUUUGACUGUUCUUAUCGCACAGCCUCAGAGCUCCUAAAGCAGCUUUCCUCAAUGGGAAUGAUGACAGAAUACUAUCACUUUUUCUUCACAACUUUGGAUUUGUUUGCUCUGGACCUGGAGCCGUACCGCUACAGCGGGGUCAACAUGACAGGAUUCAGACUGCUGAACUUUGACGACCCCUGGGUGGCCUCCACGAUUGACAAGUGGUCCAUGGACAGAGUUCAGGGUCCCAAACAAGAGAGCGGACUUAUGGAUGGAGUCAUGACUACAGAUGCAGCCCUGAUGUAUGACGCCGUGUUCAUGGUUGCAGUCGCGUCACAGCGAGCAACUCAAAUGACCGUAAGCUCACUCCAGUGUCACCGACACAAACCCUGGCGCUUUGGGCCUCGCUUCAUGAACUUGUUCAAAGAGGCACAGUGGGAUGGAUUGACGGGGCACAUUGUCCUAAACAAGACGGACGGCCUGAGGAGAGACUUUGAUUUGGACAUCAUCAGCCUCCAAGAAGACGGCACUGCCAGAGGAGUCACGGAGAGCACGAGUCGCCUCACAAAGAGGUGGAUCAAGGUUGCCGUAUGGAACUCCUACAAGGGGAUGACCCUGAUGAACCAACCGAACAGGGACAAGACCACCAACGUGACGGACUCUCUGGCCAACAGGACUCUUAUUGUCACCACCAUCCAGGAGAAUCCAUAUGUGAUGGUGAAAAAGUCAGACAAAGAACUGGUUGGGAACGAUCGCUAUGAGGGAUACUGCAUGGACCUCUUGAAGGAGCUUUCGAACAUUUUGGGUUUCACGUAUGAAGUCAGACUGGUAGGUGAUGGGAAAUAUGGAGCCCAGAACGAUAAGGGAGAGUGGAACGGGAUGGUUCGGGAGCUGAUCGACCACGUUGCAGACCUCGCCGUGGCUCCUUUGACCAUCACGUACGUCAGAGAGAAAGUGAUCGACUUCUCUAAGCCCUUCAUGACUUUAGGGAUCAGCAUCUUGUACAGGAAGCCCAAUGGUACCAAUCCAGGAGUGUUCUCCUUCCUUAACCCUCUGUCUGCGGACAUCUGGAUGUACGUGUUGUUAGCCUGCACCGGCGUCAGCUGUGUGCUCUUUGUGAUCGCGAGGUUUACCCCCUAUGAGUGGUACAAUCCACAUUCAUGCAAUGCCUCAUCAACUCUGGUACAGAACAACUUCACUUUACUCAACAGUUUCUGGUUUGGGAUUGGAGCUCUCAUGCGGCAAGGCUCAGAGGUGAUGCCUAAAGCUCUGUCCACACGUAUAGUCGGGGGUAUUUGGUGGUUUUUUACUUUAAUCAUCAUCUCCUCCUAUACGGCCAACUUGGCUGCCUUCCUCACUGUGGAAAGAAUGGACGCGCCCAUCGACUCGGCAGAUGACCUCGCCAAACAAACACGAAUUGAAUACGGAGCAGUGAGGGAUGGAUCCACCAUGACCUUCUUUAAGAAGUCUAAGAUAUCCACGUAUGAGAAGAUGUGGGCCUUUAUGAGUAGCAGGAAGACCGCCCUGGUCAAGAAUAACAAGGAAGGCAUCACACGAGUCCUGACAACGGACUACGCCAUGCUGAUGGAGUCCACAAGCAUUGAAUACAUCAGCCAGAGAAACUGCAACCUUACACAGAUUGGAGGGCUUAUAGACUCUAAGGGCUACGGAGUGGGAACACCUAUCGGAUCUCCAUACAGGGAUAAAAUCACAAUAGCGAUCCUUCAGCUGCAGGAGGAAGGAAAGCUUCACAUGAUGAAGGAGAAGUGGUGGAGAGGAAAUGGCUGUCCAGAGGAGGACAACAAGGAGGCCAGCGCUCUGGGCGUGGAGAACAUUGGUGGAAUCUUUAUAGUCCUCGCCGCCGGACUGGUUCUCUCUGUUUUCGUGGCUAUCGGAGAGUUUAUCUACAAGUCCCGAAGGAACGCCGACAUAGAGGAGUGCAUGUCUUUUAGUGCUAUGAUGGAGGAGUUGGGGAUUUCCCUUCAGUGUUACAAAGGCAUCCGGAGCAGGCCACGUCCACACAACGCAGCGAGGUCCCCGUGUGUCCUCUGUCAGCCCAGACGUGGGGCCAGAAGGGAAGGAAGACGAGACUCCAGCACAUGAGAACCGAAUCUGAAACAUGAUGGAAUUUUUAUCAGAGACCAUUUGAUCAUUUCCCGCCUGUCAGGUCUGUCUGUGGUCCAAUAAAUUUAGAAAAGUGAUUUUCCUCCUUUAAACUUGAUGUGUGUGUAUAAAACAAAGUGACAUGCAGAUGACUGUUAAAAGCAGAUGAUGACUGUAAGGAUGACGAUCUCUCAAAUGAAAUAAAACACUGCUGCACCCUCACGGUUUUAGCUAUGCAGCGUCUGGUCUGCACGCUUUACAAACCACCCCAAUGUGUAAAUGUAAUACAUCUUUAACAGCUUUUCCG